AUGAACGCCGUUGGCAACUGGUCCCUCCAGAUGCCGGGGUUCAACCUGCCCCUGAACGACUUUCCCGAGGCAAAUGUGCUUAGCGGGUAUAUUUCGGGGUUCCCGAAUGCUCUCGAUCCGGAACAUCUUCAAGAUGGGUAUCUCAAUCAGCUUCUUACCAAGCGGGAGAUUAACAUGAUGCAAAUCAUGAAUAUCAUUACUGAUAAGCCCGAGUGGGAGCGUAAGGUCUUUGAUGAGCAUAUCAUCGCGAAAUGGCGCGAAGAGGUUGCGAACAGCGGACAAGACGCGUCGCCCAAGAUGAUGGAUUGGAUCGUCAAGGAGUUACAGUGGAAGGCGGGCAUUUUGCAGCAGUCCGGGUUUGUGGAAGUUUUUGAUGCCGGAGUUGUCAAGUCUGAUACGGCCGUUUCGAAAGAGGUACAGGAUGAGCUGAAAGAGGCAGUUCUUCCUUUUGAAAAUGUCCCCGAGGAGGAGAAAGAUUACCAUCCCGGUUCGGAUAACAAGGUGGUUGAUCUAGUGCAUCCGUCACUUUUCCCGGUGAUCUAUGGACGCACGCAUGUUUUUCCUGACCGGACGAUUGGUCUAGAUGACUGUAUCGACAGCAUGGGAGAAGGGCAAUGGCUUCCUCGUCGGAAGGAAGCUGAGGCUAGACCAGAGAAAGGUCCAACUUCUUCUUAUCGCGACCGACCCCAUCCAGCCGUCCUGAGUACCAAGUUCCAGUGGCUGCCCUGUGAUGUGAAGCUCACCAAGGAUGGGUGUCAGAUUCUGUCUUACAUCAAUAACGCCCAUCCUGUCAAGCACCGCGCGCUCUAUGAGGUUGUGGAAAAGAUUCUUGCUCAGACGAUACCUCUCUGGGAGCAGUCAUUGGGCGAGAAAGAAUACUUCAAUGAACGAAUCAAGUUUACUGCAGUUGAGUACGAGGAUGAUGGCAAGGGCGAGCCGGAAUAUCCCGAGGAUGAGGACGAUGCUGAUUAUGAUGAAUAUGAGGAACGGAUGUCUGCUUGGUUUUCAACUCGGAAGAUUGUCCAGCCUGAACCAGGCGAGUUCAAGACCAGAGACUUUGAGGAAAAAUUCGACUUUUUGAAAAAUUUUCCCGAGGGCAAGAUACAAGUUAUUGUGAAGCUGGCGAAUAUUGAGUUAAACCCCGAGAAGCCCGACUAUGAAGGAGGAACUUGGCAUAUUGAGGGGCAAUUAAACGAACGUAUUGCCGCGUCUGCAAUUUACUACUACGAUUCCGAGAAUAUCACCCCCAGCUCACUAGCAUUCCGCCACCGAGGAAUGGACGAUAUGGACAUCAGCUACGAACAAGAACGACAUGAAUUCAUGCAACAAGUAUUCGGCUACCACGAAGGCCUCCAAAACCAAAACGACGACUUGAUCACGCAAGAACUGGGCAGCGUCGUCUCCAAAGAAGGCCGCAUCAUUACAUUCCCUAAUACCCUGCAACACCAAGUUUCUCCCUUCUCCCUGGAUGAUCGAUCCAAGCCCGGUCACAGGAAGAUCCUUGCACUGUUCCUCGUGGAUCCGCAUAUGCGGAUUAUCUCGUCUGCGAAUGUACCGCCGCAGCGCGAGGAUUGGAGACCGGAGACGCAGAAGCGUGGUGAAGGUGUGAACUCGAUUACCAUGGAAGAAGCUAAGGCUUAUCGAGUUGAGCUUAUGGCAGAGCGAGGCCUCAAGUCUGAAGAAAGUAAUGCUGCAUUCCAGAUAGGCCAUUUCUCGCUUUGCGAGCAUUAA